AUGGGUGCUCAGAAGGACAACUUCGAAGACAUACUGGCAUCCGUUGGCGGUGAGGAUGCCACUCAGCAGGAUAUUCCGAGCUAUGAAAUUCCCGGUCAAUCUGCCUUCUGCUCCCCCACGCCGAGCAACGGAAACUAUGAUGCCGCAUACGAGAAGACCAUCACAUCGGAGGUGUAUGGAUGGAUUGCAAUCGAUUUCUGCAGUCGUGGCCUUACUGCGAAGGCUGCAUGCCCUGCCACUCAGAACACGGCGAAGCAAUUAGCAAUGCUUUCUUGA